GACAUGAAGGAUCAGUUGUCCAGCCCCUCAGCUGUUGCUCAGGCAGAAAAGAAGAACAGACAGGCUCUGUUGACUCCAUCAGGCCAGGACAGGUCAACCGGACUUGAGGCUCAUCUGGUGUCGGCAAACUCCAGGUACAUCGAGGAGCAGCAGGAACAACAACAGCUGAUCAUGCAGGAGCAGGACGAGCAGCUGGAGUUAGUGUCGGGCAGCAUCAGAGUCCUCAAAGACAUGUCGGGACGGAUCGGGGACGAGCUGGACGAGCAGGCUGUCAUGUUGGGGGAUUUCGGAGACGAGAUGGACCAGACGUCGUCCCGCAUGGACUCAGUCCUGAAGAAGCUGGAGAAAGUGUCUCACAUGACCAGCAGUCGGAGGCAGUGGUGCGCUAUCGGCGUUCUGGUCGCCAUCAUGAUCGUGGUACUCAUCCUCUUCUUCGCUCUCUGAUGCCGGCGACCUCCGACCUCUCGUUUACACACUCACUCUCACACACACACACAUACACACAGACACACACACACACCUCCCUGUUAGGACGGACAGAUACAGGAAGAAGGAUGCACCUUUCCUCCUCUUCCUCCUCCUCCAUCAUCAUCCUCCUGUCUCGUCCUGGGAGGAGAAAUCGGUGACCUGCAGAGAGACGUUCUUUCUGCUUUUAAUAAUCCUCGUUUAAAAAACAACAACAACAACAAAAAAACACAAACUUUAAAAAAAAAAGUAGUGAAGGAGUUUAAACAGAGAAAAAAUCCCCUCUGUGGUAUUAUACACUUCAUACUGGUGCAUUGAUGUUGGAUACAGUGGUACUCAAUGGGAGGACAGGACGGCUGCAGGCUGCUGCUGUCCGGUUACAAAAAAAACAUCAAUAUGAAUUCAAGUUUAUUAUCAAUUUACAGCUCAACUUUUCCCGCUCCGAGGCUGUAAAAGUAGUUUUUCUUAAUAAAUCAGUGAAUGUUUCUCACCAUAUUGGAGGGUAACGUUAAGAAAUGAUCGCAAUCAGAACACUUCAGGUGUAGUUUUACUGUAAAAUUACUGGAAUAAAUCAACCAUGAUUUAACAAGUGCUACACUCCGUUAACUAAACACUUGAUCUGUUGUGAAAGUAGAUUUAAAAAAAAGUUGAAUUUUUUAUAGUGUUCAAUGUAAAUUUGAGUCAAAACGAGAUGGAAAGUGUAUUUAAAAUGUCACUUACAAUAGAUACACUUAUAUAUAUAUAUAUAAGCCAAUAAUGUUGUUUCCAUAGAAAACUAUAAAAAAGAUUAUUUUUAAAUCUACUGAAGAGAAACACAACAUUAACUCCAGUUAUUUGUUUUUAUCCGGCAGCAGCAGCAAGUAUUGAAAAGGAGGAAAUUGAGGAGUUUUUUCAGUGUUGCCUUAAAUAUAUUUUUAUACCUUUGGUGAUAAUGUGCAGUAUGUUCACGUGCCUACAUGUGAUGAAUCAGGGGGGGAAAACUGACAUCAGGUGGCAGUUAUCAGGUAAAAAUCAGGGAUGGGUAGUUUUGUUUAAUUUCAGUGUAACAGCAGCUGAAGUUCAGAGGAAGAGUUAGUCACCGCUGAGAGCAGAUGUGUGCAGACGUGCUGCCCAUCCCUGAUAUCACACAAUUAUGGUGAUGAUGAUGAUGAUGAUGAUGAUGAUGCUGGUUUCGGUUCAUUUUUGCCGCCCUGAUGUUGAUCCGUCUCAGCGAGAGGAAGUGAAGUCAGGUCUGCAGCAGCCCGAGCAGCUCGCAGUGAGAAAGCACAGGAUUGGCCGAGGCUUUCUCUCUCUUCUUCUCUCCCUCUCUCUCUCUCUCUUUCUGUCUGUCUGUGGGUGAUGAUGAGAGAGACAACCUUGGCUCAGAGCGCCUGUCUUAUUGAAUAGCUUUAGCUAAUGAGGAGGAGGAACAGUUGCUGGGCAGGAUGUCAGCAGCAGCAGCAGUACGCAGUUCAGAUUUUAGGCUCACAGCUCCCUCUGCUGGACGCUGCGGGUCAUGAUGUGAUUUCUUUGUGUCAUGUCAGGUAACACACUUAAACCCCUCUUCUCGUUUUUUUGGGGGGUGUGUUGCAGUGCUGUAUAAAUAUAUAAAAGAAAAACAACAUGAUGCUUUACUUUGAUUUUUUUUUUUUUUGUUGGUGUAAAUGAAAAUUACUGUAAAAAGGCUUUAUGCAGACUUAUUUUUAACCCUGUGUGAUGCAGAUAUCUUAUAUUAUGUGUGUUUUUUUUCAGUUAAAAGAUGAAAUUUGUAACUUUUUUCCGGUCCGAUGCAGAUAGGCGUCACAAUGAAGCUCUGUAUUCACUUUUUUUUUUUUUUUAGCUGUCCAUGUGUGCUCUAUUAUAUUCAAGCGCUCAUUCCUUAAAAAUGUGGAAAAAUUAGCUGAAUAUUUGGAAUAUGACUGCACAGUAAGACUUCUGUACAUCAAAUACCGAUUUUUUUUUUUUAGCAUCUUCACUCACUAAGGAAUCUCUGUUUUCCAGCAGAGUACCAUCACACCUCUAUGUGGGAGAGUUUAAAGUGAGCUCACAGUGUUUUUGGCUUGUUUCCACAUCUGGAUCCUAAAGAAAAAACCCCAAAAUUGAAGAUUGAAGUUUUUAUUUCAUUUUUUUACAGUGUUUAUUUUUGUCCAGGACUGAAUUUAAAAAGCAUCAAGGCAGUGAAAAUUGUGACAUCUUGAUACAUUUAAGCAGUAAAUCCUAUUAAUUAGUAGCUAUUAUUUAUUUAAAAAUAGAUUUAAGUAUCUCUAAUUGCUUUUAAAUCCUCAAACAGGUUCAGGGAGCUGUGAGAAGAAAAAAAAAGAAAAAGUCACUUUACUUGCAGGAGGGCUGAUAAUUACCUGUAUAUGAAAACACAUGGAUCCUUAAUAAGAAGAUGAAAGGUAUCUACUUUUUUUUUUUUUUUUUUUUGGUUUCAUUUCUGACUGACUUCAUCCAAAAAAAAAGAAAGGAGGUAUUAAAGCUUUUAGACAUCCUUUAUUUCAAGUGCCAAUGAUGAGAGUUGUAUGUAAAGUGUAGGAUUGACUGAUGUUUGGUUUAAAAGUCCUACAAGUAAUGAACAAAUGGGUAAAAGUUUUUAUUUGAAUCACUUGUUUUUAUUUAAAUUUUUACCUGGAAAAAAGAAGUUUUGUGGAAAUCUGAAUGUGCUAAAACAUUUUUAUAGAAAACUAGCCGCCAUUGUGCCCUUUAACGUCAAACAUCAAACACAUUUACAGUCGUACUGACUAGUAAAAUAAAUAAUAAAUAAAUAAAAGGA